AUGGCUCUUUCCAGUAAAAAACAGAAACAGACUGGUACACCAGUACCUGGUCAAAAAAGUUAUGCUGCCGCAGUCAGACCUCGCAUUACUACCACCCCACACUCUCUCAUGCAUGGAGAGGUUGUUCCUGUACGCAAUGGUACACCUACCAACCCUACAACCCCUUCAACCAACCGCAAAAUCAAAACUCGAAUUUGGCGAAACGCUCGUACCAGCGAUGGAUACUUUCUAGACAUAUCCAAGGUCGCUACUAUGACUGAACAGCAACAUUUGAAGAUCAUUGAUCAGCAAUAUAAGGCUUCCAACUUCCUUGGUAUCAAGUUUUUGGGUAAAAACGCUCAACGAUACAUCGAAGUCUAUCCCAAUAAGGAUAUCGUCGAGCGAUUCCUCACCGAAGGUGUCAUAUACGAAACCGAGAACUCCAAGAUUCAACUCUUCCCUUGCAAAGCUGUGGAUGGAGAAGGUAAAUUGAUCCAGAUUACUCUAACGGACAUCCCCUUCCUACCUCAAGAACAAUUAUUACAAGAACUAUCCACGGCCAUAGGGGCCUUUGGAAAAAUUUUAGAUAUUGGGCUCAAUUAUGAACAGUCCAUGGGUUGGUUUAUGGGCUCCGGCUAUGCGAUUAUCCAGCAGCAAUCAAAUGUCAAGUACCCUACCCUACACCACAGCAUUACUUGGCAGACAGCCACUCAGGAGGAGGAAUUCUGUCAUGCAACUUUCCCCGACAUGGCUACCUGGUGUCGCUACUGCCAUGAAGAGGGCCACACCAAGUUUGAAUGCCCCAAGGCAAUGGCCCGCAUCAUAUGUUACAACUGUGAUAAAGCUGGACACCGUCAGGAUACAUGUACGAAACCCAGGAAAGGAUCUUCGGAUCGUGAAUUUAAGAAGGCUCGCAAGAUCCCAUCUAACACACCCUCUGUCGAAGCCAACAAAUCCCAAUGGGCCCCCAGUAAUAUUAAGAACUCAAAUGCGGGCAAGGAGCAAACUCAAGGGCAACAACAACAGCAAGAUCAGGAACCAAAGCAAGAUCUUAAGGCUAAUGCUAUGCCACCUAUUAACUUAUCGCAAGCAACUCAGUCUGGAGAUUUGCCAGACAAGCAGGGCGAAUCCGCAGAUGAGGACAGCACUAGUCAGGUUACUCCAAUGUCUACCGAUGAAGAGGACGAUGAGGAUUAUCAGCCUUCCACAAGUGAUUCAGAGGAUGAAUCAGACAGCGAGGCAGAGCGUACAACGGAGGAGAUGAGUGAUGUGGAAACGAAUGGAGAUGAAAUAGCUACUCUCAUGAGCGACCAACAGCAAACACUAUCUCCAUUUAGCAUGAAAUCCGUCAACGGUGAUAGCAACACCAACACCCAGACAGCUUCUCCCGAAAAUCAUAACGAUUCUACGGUUCGCCACCAGAAUUUUCUGGUGAAAGCAGGCCAUCCACAAACACAAUCAUCAUACCUCCGCCACAUUCGACUUCAACAGUUCAACAUAAUAUCACUCCAAGAAACUCACGCUACUGAUACUACUAUUACUUCAAUUGAAUUACAAUUACAAGCUCAACAAUACUUAUGGACAUACUACUGCGGUAUUGUCUCUUAUUCUUCAGAUUAUAUACUGACCAAGAUUGCUACUAGUCACCUAUAUGAAUCUGAUAGAUACAUUUUUUGCAAGGUUCAUCACCCUCACAGCUUUUAUGAACCUUUUUACAUUUUAAAUUUAUAUGCGCCUGCAACCUCUGACCACCGCCCUCGACAGGAGUUCUUCGAAUCUAUAUACACCUUGCUCUCGACGCUCUCCGAGACCAUUGACCUCGAACGACUACUGAUAUCAGGGGAUUUCAAUUAUGAUUAUGCACGGGACAUCAACAAUGCCUCUCGUAUCUCGAGGACAUCGUUGAACUGGUUGGGCUAUUUAGAUCAGCACUUCCACAACUGCAUGAUCCUCAAUGACAUGGACACGGUGCCAACUUAUCAACAUGCCUUUUCCACAAUCGACUACGUAUAUGCUGGACAUGCGCUACGACACUUGCUGAGCGAUGCGAACGUUGGAUUUAUUCCCCUCUCUUGGUCGGAUCAUGCCAUUCUUGAAAUUACUCUCAAGCUUGGAAAAUCCAAACUGGGCCCAGGACUGUGGAGGGGCAAUCCCUGUUACGCAAACAACCCAACAUUUCGGAAACAACUUGAAGAGACAAUUAACGCCACCAUGGAUACAAUGGAGGUGAACAUGACACCGCAAGAUCAGUGGGAACACAUUAAACGGAUAACCAAAAAGGCUAUCCAAAAGUUUGGGGUGAAACACGUGAACUGGCGUAGGAUGAGUAUCAAGCAUUUGGAACGCAAACGGAAUCGACUAUUGAGAUCCAAGCCUCCCAUUGCUACUCUCCGCAUACUACUACCGCGAAUUGACUCAAUGCUUCAAAUCUUACAACAGGAACUGGUAGAUAUUGCUGCACUUAAGGCUGGGGAUAUCUGGCGUGAAAAAGGGGAGAAAUCUGCCGGUUACUUGAAGCGAUUACACCAAAAGCGAACAUCUCAACAAUAUAUGGCGUCAAUUCAAGCACCUGAUUCUUGUAGAGACCUCACAAAUAGGGGAGCAAGUAUUAUGAUUACUACAGAGGUGGUAAAUAGUGCCGUGGUUAAUGGUGACCCUUAUAUGGGUGUGACUCCAAGGGACUUUGGUGGUGCUGGUGCUACUGAAGACAGCCUUGUGGAGCAAGGUGAAACGAGGCUUCCUAUGGAUGGAUCUGGUGCUGAACCAACAGACGAUGCUGACACGCAUGAUGGUGCUGCUCAGGCCGGUAACAGCUCUCCUGGAUGGCGGCCCUGGAUCUCAGGCCAAAUCGAAGACAUGAAAUCGUUCGCAUGGCAAUACUAUGCAGAUUUAUACAAAGCUGACCCUGUGGCACCUGAACACAUUGAAGCCUACUUAAACUCAAUAACCUUUGAGAAAGUUUUGACCGCCGAUGAACAGCAAUCCUUGACAGAUAAUAUUACAAUGGAUGAGCUACUGCAACAAGCGAAUCGCUCAAUGAAGGCAACCGCUCCUGGUAGUGAUGGCCUGGCAUAUCCUUUUCUGUCGCUUUUAUUCAGUAUGGCCCGUUUGGAAAAACUUGUCUUGCAGGUAUACAAUGAUGCUCUCAAUGGUAUCUUUCCCUCCUCCUGGCAUGAUCUGCGUAUUCGUCUUUUACCAAAGAAAGGAUUGCUUGCACUCCUUAAAAAUUGGCGCCCAAUCUGUCUUUUAGGAUGUGAUGGCAAAGUCUUUACCAGACUUCUUGCCCACCGCAUGGCUCCUAUCCUUGGUCGUAUUAUCAAUCCGUUUCAAUCUGGGUUCCUUCAGCAACGCUUCAUCUGUGACAAUGGCAUGGCUUUGUCGAUGGUCUUGGAAGAGGCUCGCGCCUUCAACCACACUGGUGCUGGUAUCCUGUUGGACCAAGAGAAAGCCUACGAUCGAGUGAAUGCUGACUAUCUGUGUGCUGUUCUUCUCCGGCUUGGGUUCCCAGCCAGUUUCGUGUCCUGCGUCAGACUCUUGUUUUUUGGCAAUGAUAUGUACAUCAACAUCAAUGGGUACUUCACUCCCGCUGUCAAACAGGAACGGGGUAUCCGUCAGGGUGAUCCCCUGUCACCGCUGCUCUUUGAUGUGGCCCUUGAACCAUUCCUUCUUUCCAUAUUGCAGGAUCCCUACUUCCAUGGCUUCCAUGUGAGUAAUGGUACAUCUGCCGAGGUGGCUCCUCGUGUGUCGCCGGCGAUCAAAUGCCUUGCGUACGCGGAUGAUGUCUGUGUCCUCCUUCGCGAUGAAUUAGAUCUGUAUCGUCUCCAGCAACAUAUGGCCAACUAUGCCGCCGUGUCCAAUGCCAAGUUCAACGAAGACAAAUCGGAGGCCUUUUCGCUGUCUGGUCGUCGGUCGCUGGCAUGGGUGAGGGCCUUCGAAGAAAUCAACGUUCACACCUACCACCACCAAGGCUCCACUGCGGCUUUUCGGUACUUGGGUCUGUAUUUUGCAUACAACCAAGCGCAACGGGCCCAAACGGAAGAAAUGCUGCUCAACUCUGUUCAAACUCAAUGUGCCAUCUACAGUCAACGCCAAUUGUCUAUCAUGGGUCGCGUUACCAUUGUCAACAGUCUGAUUCUAUCCAAAAUAUGGUACAGCCUUCGAAUGCUCAGGCCGACCAAAAGGUUCUUAGAGAAGGUCAAGUCGUGUGUCUACCAGUUUGUCUGGAAAAAGAAGCGGCCGUUAAUACGCAAGGAUCUCAUCUUCCUGCCUAAAUCUAGGGGUGGUCUUGCCGUUCUCGACCCUUCUCUCCAACAGCAUAUACUCCAAAAACGCUGGCUCAAUUAUCUCGUCGAACCGCAGAAGUAUCCGUCUUUCCUGCUACCUUUCUUGAUCUCACAUCUGUCACUGCUCCCAGGGUCCUCAGACUUCCCCUACAUGGCUUUCCUCGAUGCUGAAUGCCGCAAGUCCUCUCUGCUACAUAAGGAUCUUUCCAUUUGGCAUUCCAUCUUCGCAUCGUAUGAUUACUUCGAGUUCCCUGACCUUCGCCAGGUUGAGGUCAUUCCACUACAGACCAUCAUGCGAUUGCCUCUGCACAAACUCCUCACUGGGCUUAACGAUGAUCACUGGCUCAAACGUCACCCCAAGUUCCCCGCCAACAAGUUCCUGCUCUUCGAUAGCCAUCAACAACGGUUACGUCUCCGUGUUGCGUCUGAAUAUCCUGUCUACCGGCAUCUUUGUGCCUCCCUGUACCAAGAAAUCCUAGUACUCAAAACAGUUCAUCUGGUUCCUGGUGUCUGGCCCCACAUCCUGCACCCCCCCUCCCACUCCAGCUUGGACUGGACAAACUUUGACUUCUUUGGUACUCUGGGCAUCACCGAUAAGUGGAAGCUGUAUCACCCCAGCACAUAUCGCCAACAGCAACAACAGCUGGUCCCAUCAGAACAUCGGUUUACCAAUGUCAUGGUCAAAGCACUGUGGCCCUCCCCUGCCCACCCUGCUGCCAGAACGGUUCUUUAUCGGGCACUGUCGCGAUGCAUCCCACAUAAGACCUAUCUGCGCACCAUUGGCUCUGUGGAAACCCCCAUCUGUCCCUUUUGUGCCCAAGGCAUUGAUACAUUGAGGCAUUUUAUUGUCGACUGUCCUGUCAAAUGGCAACUAUGGCAAACCGUCCUGUCUCAGUACUACUCCAACUUUCCUCUGACAUCUGAAAUCAUCUAUGGCACAGUGCGUUAUUUGCAUCUCCCUCACUUUAUCAAAGAUCGAUCCAAGUAUAUUGCCGUCAUUUCUACCAUUUUCUGGCAGAUGUGGAAUCUAUACUGGCUCCACGGUAGCCAAAAUCCUUCACCCCUCUCCGCUGCCUCAAUUGAGCGCUUUCCUUCCAGGACAGUUUGUCUUAUUGACAAACUGCUUCCGACCAACACAUAA